UUCCAGUUAGUUAGUUGGAUUUUUGCUUUGGCCUGAGUUGAACGUUGUCGGUUGAGCUGCUGUUUGGUAAAUGCCGGCCGUAUUAAUUUUGGAAUUUAAAAUACUUGAUAUUUUUGUGGAGUGAACGAUAGUGUAUUAUUUAUUGAACUUGGUUUUGUUUAUUUAGUUGUCAUUUCGAUCAUAUUUGUGCAGCACGAAAGAAUUAAUUUUUAAUCAAUAAUGCCAGUUAAAAAAUCAGGAAUGAAGAGAAAAUUAAAAACAUCGACUGAUAAAUCAGCCGUACCUGUGAAGAUCGGGAGGAGGGGUGUGUCUUUAGGUGUAGAUGAAAUAUUCGUAGCCAAGAGGGCACACGAAAGAGGGCCAGGCCAGGUGCUGACACUGGGUCAGAAUCAUGUUGGACAGUUGGGACUGGGUCCUGAUGUGUUGGAGCGUGCACGGCCCGCCCUGGUCCCCGAGCUUGACAAUAUUGUGGAGGCAUGUGCAGGUGGCAUGCAUACCAUCUGUCUUACAAAUGAUGGAGAGGUUAUAACGUUUGGCUGUAACGAUGAGGGUGCUCUCGGACGGUCAACGGCAGUGGAAGAUAGUGAGACCAAACCAGGCAAGGUGAAACUGGAUGCCAAGGCAGUUCAGGUAUCAGCUGGGGAUUCCCACUCUGCGGCUCUACUGGAGGACGGACGAGUCUUUGCCUGGGGAGCCUUCCGGGAUUCUCAUGGAACCAUGGGUUUGACCAUAGAUGGUAUCAUGCAAACCCCUACUCUUAUGGGAGUCAGUGAUAAGGUGAUGAGGAUAGCGUCAGGCACAGACCACCUGCUAAUGCUGACGAGACAAGGUCAACUGUAUACCUGUGGCUGUGGGGAGCAAGGCCAACUGGGGAGACUGUCAGAAAGAGGAGCCAACCGGAGUAGUCGGCAAGGUUUGAAUCAACUUCUGAUGCCAGCCCUCGUCAAGUUCAACAUCAAGUCUCGGUUAGAAUUUGACCAAAUCUGGACUGGAGCAUACUGCACGUUUGUCCGAGAGAAAGAAAAGGGGAAAAUCUUUGUGUUUGGACUCAACAACUAUAAACAAUUGGGUCUGGAUCACACACAGGUCUACUUCCAUCCAUCGCUGUCAGAAGCUUUCUCAGACAAGAAUUGGCUGAAGGUCUGCGGAGGCCAACAUCAUACUCUGGCACUUGACUCAAACGGGGUGGUGUACAGUAUGGGCAGGAAGGAGUACGGAAUGCUGGGUCUAGGUGAAAAAUGUACUGACAUGGAUAGACCCACUCCGAUCCCAGCGUUACAAGGCAAGAAGUGUAUCGAUAUCUCCUGCGGAAGCUCUGUAUCGUUUGCAGUUACAGAAGAUGGGGAGGUGUAUGCCUGGGGGAUGGGCACCAAUGGACAACUGGGUACAGGAGAGGAAGAUGACCAAUUUGAACCUGCGAAGAUGGGAGGUAAGCAGCUGGAGGGCAGAUCUGUCUUAUCAGUGUCUGGAGGGGGACAACAUACAGUAAUGCUCGUAACUUCUAAACAAAGCUGACUGGCAAAACUCUUUUAAUGUUUUUUUAGCAUUACGAUCUGUCAGGGUUUUCUGAUAUUUGUUUGUUUUAGUUUUAGCUGUACUUGAUUGUAUUUAUCAGUUUGUUUCUUGGAUGUUGCGUAGUAUAAAGAAUUAUUGUACAGGGUUUCUGAUUUCUUAUGUGAAAACCAGAGAAAGUUCGGGACGUGAUGAUUUUCGUUUAUGAGGAAUUCAAUUAUGAGUAAAGUACUGAAUAUUAUAUAACUAAAUUGCUUUGACAUUAAAAUUAAUAGUAUGUUCUUGUA